AAACGCUUCAGUGUGUCAGUGUGUGAGUCUCAUCGCCGUGUCGCUGCAGCACAGGAAGGUCACAUAGCACCCUUGUCACAUUCAGUAUAAUCAGCCAUGGGAAAGGAGAAGCUCCACAUCAACAUUGUGGUCAUUGGCCAUGUUGACUCUGGCAAGUCCACUACAACUGGCCACCUCAUCUACAAGUGUGGUGGCAUCGACAAGAGAACCAUCGAGAAGUUUGAGAAGGAAGCUGCCGAGAUGGGUAAGGGAUCCUUUAAGUAUGCCUGGGUGUUGGAUAAGCUGAAGGCGGAGCGGGAGCGUGGUAUCACCAUUGACAUAUCCCUGUGGAAAUUUGAGACCAGCAAGUACUAUGUCACAAUCAUCGAUGCUCCUGGGCAUAGAGACUUCAUCAAAAACAUGAUUACUGGCACCUCCCAGGCAGACUGUGCUGUCCUGAUAGUGGCAGCUGGCGUUGGCGAGUUUGAAGCUGGUAUCUCAAAGAACGGUCAAACCAGAGAGCAUGCACUCCUGGCGUAUACGCUGGGUGUAAAACAGCUCAUCGUGGGUGUUAAUAAGAUGGACUCCACUGAGCCCAACUACAGCCAGAAACGCUAUGAGGAAAUUGUAAAGGAAGUCAGCACUUACAUUAAGAAAAUUGGCUACAACCCUGAAACCGUGGCAUUUGUCCCCAUUUCUGGGUGGAAUGGUGAUAACAUGUUGGAGGCCAGCCCCAAUAUGACUUGGUUUAAGGGCUGGAAGAUCACCCGUAAGGAUGGCAGUGCAUCAGGAACUACUCUUCUGGAGGCUCUGGAUGCCAUCCAGCCCCCAACUCGUCCCACUGAUAAACCACUCCGUCUGCCUCUGCAGGACGUCUACAAGAUUGGAGGCAUUGGAACUGUACCCGUGGGUCGUGUGGAGACUGGUAUUCUGAAGCCAGGGAUGGUGGUAACCUUUGCACCUGUUAAUGUUACUACUGAGGUGAAGUCUGUGGAGAUGCACCAUGAGGCUCUGUCUGAGGCCCUGCCAGGGGACAAUGUGGGCUUCAAUGUCAAAAACGUCUCGGUGAAGGAUAUCCGCCGUGGGAAUGUCGCUGGGGACAGCAAGAAUGAUCCACCCCAGGAGGCAGCUGGCUUCACUGCUCAAGUGAUCAUCCUGAACCACCCUGGGCAAAUCAGUGCUGGUUAUGCUCCAGUGCUCGACUGCCACACUGCACAUAUCGCCUGCAAGUUUGCUGAGCUCAAGGAGAAGAUUGACCGCCGCUCUGGAAAGAAACUUGAGGAUAAUCCUAAGAACCUCAAGUCUGGGGAUGCCGCCAUUGUGGACAUGAUCCCUGGGAAACCUAUGUGUGUGGAGAGCUUCUCGGAGUAUCCGCCUCUUGGGCGCUUUGCUGUGCGUGACAUGCGUCAGACUGUGGCAGUUGGAGUGAUCAAGGGAGUUGAGAAGAAGGCUCCAACUGGUGGAAAGGUCACCAAGUCUGCUCAGAAGGCCCAGAAAGCCAAAUGAAUUUUGUUUUUAACUGCCAACUCCAGUGUCACAUACAACAGAACAGAGGUCACCCAACUAUAUUCGAUUGGCUGCUUAAACUCCAUAGUCAUAGAUUGGUUAAUCGUUCCAAUGCAUCGUAAAAGUAUCAGAAGGAAAAAAAAUAUAUAUAUAUAUAUAUAUACACACACACACACACACACACACACACACACACCCCAAGACUGGUUGUUUGACUUAAAUCUAUACCACAAGAGUUAUUUGUAAUGUUAGUUUUAUUACUGUUUGGAGUGUGAUCUAUUUAUUUGGGUUAUGACCGUUCACACUAUUAUGCGAAAUUACUAUUCUUGAGAGGAAAUGUUAUCAAUACCUGUCCUACUCUGGAGUGCAGUUUUAAUCUGGUUCUUAUACUGUUGUCUUGCUUUUAGUGUUUGUUUGCAGAUUAGUGUGUUUUGGGGGUUUGCUGCUCUUAGUAACUUAGAUUAUAUUACUUCUUUGUCUUUUUGACUAUUUAAGCUUUAAAGAAAUGGGAAAAUAAUCAACCUUUCCAAAUCAGACCAUGGUGCACACUUUUCCAGGCACUUAAAGCACUUGGUUUUGCACAGUCACUUAUUAUUAACUGUAAUUGGUUUUAGCUUCUGCACCUUACUGUUCAGACUAUUCAGAUCAAA